AUGUCUGCAGAAAGAAAAGCCGUAAAUUAUCUUGAAAAAGAUGAAGAAACCGUGCCUACCAAUAUUAUUACGGAACCUCGUGCAGUCGAGAACGGAUUUGAAUUCACUACCUCAAGUACAGCCCCAGAGCUUGAAAGAUUACUUCAAUCGCCACUUGUUCGUGAUGCGCAAAAACAUGCUAAAGCCUUGCAGAUUAUGGACUUUCUGUGGGUCGACUCUAUUCCCCAGUACAGUUCAUACUCCUUUGGUACAGAUAGUGGUAUCGAGCUCCGUGUUACUAAGAGAAAAACCCUUGAUAGAGUCUCCAUUGAGGAAUGGGGGUAUGCCAACAACCACAUUUUAUUGGAACUUUUGAAACAGAAUCAAUUAGAUACUGCAGGAUUCAUAUCUUAUAUCCGGUACACAAAUCUUUCGCCUUGCCUCCAAGUACGUAUGGUAUUCGGUCCGUUUUUUGAUAAGGAAUACAGAGAGCAUCAAGCAAUGGAAAAUUUUGAGUGGAGCACUCGCCGUCAAGAUAUUCGGGAAUUCCAAUUGAUUCUAAAACGCGACAAUCCUACAAUCCGUGCCUUCCAGGAUGCCAAUACUAUCAAUGAUCGUCAAAAUAAGACCUAUCGGGGUGGUGCAACUCGCUACAUGGGCAACCAAUCCGAUCGACGUAAAGGACCUUUUCUCAGUGAUGGUCGUGAAAUUUGCAGAAAUUUUAAUAAUGACAAUUGUAACCGCGUUGACGGUAAGAUGGCACACAAUUGUGCAUUGUGCAUGUCUUCGUCUCACUCAGCAGUUGGACAUACACACUCGUCAGCUAACGCCCCGACAAAAAACUACAAUCGCCUUGGGAUGGGGCAUCAAUUUUAUAGACAUUCGAGAUACAAUGAGUGA